UGGCAGAUCACCUCAGUCUGCCGCUGGAGUUUGAAUCGCUCGCAUCGGGUGUUCGCGUUCGCGUUUGCAUUUGCAUUUCUUUGCAUUUCCAUUUCCUCACACAACAAACUCGAGCAUUCAUUAUAAAAUCCAAUUAAAGUUUAUAACUAAUCGGCGAAGAGGUCACGCGGCUGCUGGCAGUGAGUUGAAAGUGCCACCAGCGAAUCCAUCACAUCGCAACGAAUCGAUCUGAAAAUAAAACGCUAAGAAACUUCGCCUCUGUGUUGGUUGUUGGCUGGUGUGUACCUUGGAGGUAUCGCGUCGAGGUAUCUAAGCGCACAUCUACACUGGGUCUGGACCUGGAGUUAAAGUUGGAAACUCGUUUUUCAAAACCAAAACGACGAACAAAAAAGUCUGCACAAAACGAGAAAAUAAGCGCGGUCGCGAAGAAAACAACAACAACAACAGCAACAGGGGGAGAAGAAGAAAAAAAAAAAGCACAAUAAUAUAAAAGAAAAGCAAAAGCAGAUCCAGAACCAAAAACACAGCCAAAACCAAAACCAAAACGAAAACCCGUCGGGAAACCGAGGAGCCAAGAGUAAGAGCCAGGCUCACUGUGAUUUGGUUUGGUUUUUGGCCGCCGCCGCCACUCGCCCUUCUGCAUUCUUUUCGCUUGUUUACUUAUUUUCGUGUGCUGUGCUGUGCUGUGCGGUGCGGUGCGGUUGCUUCACUUGUUGCAGCUGCACAUAUAUCCCUCUCCCAUAUCCACGUAUAUAUAUAUAUAUAUUUUUAUGUGGGUACUCGCAUAUUCGGAUUCGGAUUCGGGUUCGGUUUGUAUGCCAUAGAUACGGUGCCUGGCCUGCAAACCUGUUCCUCCGGCCGCGACUCUUUGCUAGUGUGUUAGUGCGGUGUUGUGCCGUAGUGUGUUGUUGUGUGUUGUGCCGAGAGCCUGUAUACGAAAAAUACGGAAUUAUUCAAAUAAGAAAACCGUCGUCGUCCACACAAAUGUUCAACAACGAUGGCCACAUUGGGCCUGUCAAAAGUCUUCAUACUGGAUAAAUAUUUCACCGAAUUGCAAAAAUUUUGGGAGACGGAGAAGAAGCUGCAGGAUGCAUCUUCAUCCAACGAGGCAGUUCAUCUGCAGCAGCGUCUCAAGAGCUUGAGCACCGAGCUGGUUACCCUGCGAAAUCGUCUGCAUGUGGGCCAAGGACCGGGUCCGAAUCAGACGCCAAACCAGGGAAAUGGCUCUCAAUCCCACAGCUCCCCAGGUGGGGCCAAUGCGGGUCCGAAGGCCAACAACUUUGACCUGAAUGCCUCCAGUCCGAAUCUUAACCUGAGUUCCAGCGGCGGAGGACUUUCCGCCAGCGCUGUGCAACAGCACACCAAUGGACACCACACGGCAUCGAAGAAUCACAACUUCAGCCAAACACUGCCAUCAAACUCCGGGGGAGGAGGAGGAGGCGGAGUAGGCGGAGUAGGAGGUGGGGCUGUGGUGUCGUCGAGGAACACCUCCAUUCCACACCCACUUCCGCACCAGCUGGUCGAGAAGCCGGGCCUGUCGCACCACCAGAGUGGCAGCGGACAUGGCCAAUCCACUGGGACACUGCCGCACUUGAGCAGCAUGGGAAACAUUCUGGGGCAUGGUUCCCACUCUUCGCAUGCCCCGGUCAACACCACCAACUGCAACUCCAACACGCUGCCCCUGCGAUCCUCCAACUCGGGACACCUGGGCACAAAUGGAGGCGGCGGUGGUCACCAUCUUAGCCACGCCCACAGCCAGCAGUUGCCAUUCAUCCCGCUGCCGAAGCCCGCCAAUCCCUGCCAGAGUGUCAAGACGCUGCCCUUUGGAUUCGGGUUUGCCGGUGGCCAGCAGAAGCUGCAGCAGCAGCAGCAGCAGCUGACCAACCCCCUGCCCAAGGACAUGCAAGACCUCAUCCACCUCUCCGGACCGCUCACCGAGCACGCCGUGAUGCGAACGCUGCAGGCCCGCUUCAACGAGCAGCGGUACUUUACGAACGUGGGUCCGAUCUUGCUCUCCAUCAAUCCGUACCUGGAUGUGGGCAACCCGCUGACCCUCACCUCCACCCGCGCCCUGCCGUUGGCCCCGCAGUUGCAGAAGAUCGUCCAGGAGGCAGUGCGUCAGCAGAGCGAGACGGGCUAUCCGCAGGCCAUUAUCCUAUCGGGGACAUCGGGAGCGGGCAAGACGGCCAAUGCGAUGCUGAUGCUGCGCCAGCUAUUCGCCAUUGCCGGCGGAGGACCCGAGACGGAUGCCUUCAAGCACCUGGCCGCUGCCUUCACGGUCCUCAGAUCCCUGGGUUCGGCUAAGACCACCACCAACUCGGAGUCGAGUCGCAUUGGACAGUUCAUCGAGGUGCAGGUCACGGAUGGGGCCCUCUACCGCACCAAGAUCCACUGCUACUUCCUGGACCAGACGCGCGUCAUCCGGCCGCUGCCCAAAGAGAAGAACUACCACAUUUUCUACCAACUGCUGGCCGGUCUCAGUCGGGAGGAGCGGCAGAAGCUCCAUCUGGAUGGCUACUCGCCGGCCAAUCUGCGCUACCUGCGAGGAGACACUGGACAGAACGAGAAGGAGGAUGCGGUGAGGUUCCAGGCGUGGAAGACCUGUCUCGGCAUCCUGGGCAUUCCAUUUCUGGACGUAGUCCGAGUCCUGGCCGCCGUCUUGCUGCUCGGAAACGUCCAGUUCAUCGAUGGUGGGGGCCUUGAAGUGGACGUGAAGGGGGAGACGGAGCUAAACUCGGUGGCCAGUCUGCUGGGCGUUCCGCCGGCAGCCCUCUUCCGCGGACUGACCACCCGCACCCACAACGUGCGCGGCCAGCUGGUGAAGUCCGUGUGCGGCGAUGGCGAUGCCAACAUGACGCGCGACUGCCUGGCCAAGGCGCUCUACUGCCGCACAGUGGCCACCAUAGUUCGGCGGGCCAACAGCCUGAAGCGCCUGGGAUCCACGCUGGGCACGCUCAGCUCGGACUCGAACGAAUCGGUCCACAACCAGGCGGAUGCCGCCUCGCAGCACGCCUCCACAAUUGGCGGCGGCAAUGCGGGCUCCAAAUCAAUGGCGGCCCUUAACAAUGCGGUCCGCCAUGCCACCGAUGGCUUCAUUGGGAUUCUGGACAUGUUCGGGUUCGAGGAGCCCUCGCCACAGGCACACCUGGAGCACCUAUGCAUCAACCUGUGUGCGGAGACCAUGCAGCAUUUCUACAAUACGCACAUCUUCAAAUCAUCGGUGGAGUCGUGCCGCGACGAGGGCAUCGUGUGCGACACCGAGGUGGACUACGUGGACAAUGUGCCCUGCAUCGAUCUGAUAUCCUCGCUGCGAACGGGUCUGCUCAGCAUGCUGGAUGCCGAGUGCUCGGUGCGGGGCACGGCGGAGAGCUAUGUGGCCAAGCUGAAGGUGCAGCACCGCAGCUCCACACGCCUGGAGACGAAACCCACCGCCGAGCCGCACGAUCCGCGCAUGUUUCUCAUCCGUCACUUUGCGGGGCGGGUGGAGUACGAUACCACCGACUUUUUGGACACCAAUCGCGAUGUGGUUCCGGACGAUCUGGUUGCGGUGUUCUACAAGCACUCCUGCAACUUCGGCUUCGCCACCCAUCUCUUUGGCUCCGAACUGAAGGCCCUGUAUGCCCAGCAGCAGGCGCCGCGGGGUCUCAGCUUCCGGAUCUCGCCCACCUCGCAUUCUGAUCUUCUCAACGGGGACGAGCCGGUGUCCACUUUGACGCAGGACUUCCACACCAGACUGGACAACCUGCUGCGCACUUUGGUGCAUGCUAGGCCGCACUUUGUGCGCUGCAUCCGCAGCAAUGGCAACGAGUUGGCCGGCAGCUUUGAUCGGGCCACGGUGGUGCGACAGAUUCGAUCGAUGCAGGUCCUGGAGACGGUCAACCUGAUGGCCAGUGGGUUUCCGCAUCGCAUGCGCUUCAAGCAGUUCAAUGCCCGCUACCGGAUGUUGGCCCCCUUCCGCCAGCUGCGACGCAGCGAGGACAAGGCUCUGGAGGACUGCCAGCUGAUUCUGCAGUAUGCCCUGGAACAGCCACCGGUGCUGGAUGGCUCCGUGACCCUGGCCUGGGCGCCCGGCAAGCGGCAUGUCUUCCUCAGCGAGGGCAUUCGCCAGCACUUGGAGCACUUGCGAACGGAGAUCCGGCACAAGAGUGCCACCCUAAUGCAGGCCACCUGGCGCGGUUGGUGGUGGCGCAAGAAGGUGGGCAGUGGCGGCGUCAAACGCUCCAGAGCAACCGCCGGCCACCACCCAGGACCGGCUGCAGGUGCUCCGCUCCCGGCUGCCAAGACGAACACAGCCCACAAUGCCAGUGCGCAGAGCAAGGCCGCAUCAUCCACAAUGGCCGCCUUGGCAGCGGUGGCAGCUGCUGCCCCCAGUUCAGUGCCACGUCUUUCGGCCAAGACAACGGGACUGGGAAUUGGCGGCACAACGACCAGACCCCGACCACAACCCAUCGCCGGGACUCCUCCGCCGGAUCCGCAUGAGAAGUGCGACCAAAAGAUCAUACAGCAAACCUGUAACCUCUUUGGACUGGAUUUGGAACGUCCGCCGCCGGUGCCGCCGUCCCGCUGCUACACGAUCAGCGGCAACUCGAAGCUGGGCUAUCCGCAGAGUCGGGUCAUGAAGACGAACUUCCCGGAGGAGGGCCAGUCGGAGGCGCUGCAGUUGAAGAAGGGCGAGGCGGUGACCGUGGUGAGUGCGUCCACCGGGCGUGGCCACCUGCUGGUGGAGCACAAGGGCCAGAGCUUCCACGUGCCGUUCCAGUACAUGGAGCUGAUGACUUCGGAGGCAGCGGCUGGCGGAACCAACCUGGCUCCUUCGAUUCCGAUUCCGACUGGCCAGGCCAAUGGUGUAAAAAUUUGACGAAAUCGACGGAAUAUCAGAUUAUAAUAAUAUCCCCAUUAUAUCCCCACUGCUCCAAGACUGUACAUAUUUAGCUUGGUAGACUAAGAAACCACCAAUUACUUUUUUAAGCAAGCGCAUGCAAACUGAGGUGCUAUAAUUGGCCCUGGAUUUACGUAGUAUUAUUAUUGUCGUGUUUAUAUGUAUAAACGCCAAUCAACAGGUUGUAGUUUCGCAUCCAUACCCACAAGUGCCAAUCGAAUAAGUUCUUCCAUCUAUUUCAUAAGUAUUUUACAUGUUACUGAGAUUACUUUAUUCGCCGUUAAAGGUCAACACUCUGAGUAAUUAAUUAAGAUUCAACAUUACCAUUCAAACUUAUAUUUGCAUUAGUUUAAGAAUUUCGUAUUUUCAUUGACUAAGAUUCAUUCCGUCAUUCAAAUAAACGAAGCAUGCAUUGAAUUAUUUAAA